CUUUCACACUUAAAAAGAUAAGACGACUUUUUCUUUGCAUAAGUGCACCGGAUUGCACAUCAUGGAACAAAAUUAUACAGUCUUAAUUUAGUGUAAAUGAUUCUCGUCGAACCUAUAGAGAGAACAACACUCUAUGUAUUAUACUUCGCUUUACAUCAGUUUUUAGGCGAAUGGUACGUCAUACAAAGAUUUCAAUCCAAUAAUCGUUGCAUUAAACAGAACAUCAGCAAAACAGAUGAUUACGCUUAUAAAAUAACGUAUAAACUUUCUGAAACUAGGAAAUCGACUACAUUAUCUUUCCUUGGAUUAGAACAGAUGAUAGAACAAAGUAGCAAUAUUCAUUUCCCAUAUUCGAAUAUAUCCUCAAAAAUGGAGGUCAAUCUUCCUCUAAGUGUUUGGGGAGCGAGUAAUUAUUGGGUGGUCAUGACCGAUUAUACAAUGUAUGCCGCCGUAUGGAGUUGUCGAAAUAUGUUCUUUGGCCAGGUACAAAGUGCGGAUAUCCUCAGCAGAACCCCUAGGCUUGACAGACUUAUCAUCGAUAAAAUUCGGCGCAGGUUCGAGGGAUACGGGAUCAACGUCAAUCAUUUUUCUGUUAUCGAUCACAGCGAGUGUCCAGAAGCAGAGAGGAGAAGAUCGUCUUUCUUUGUUUUGCUCGUAUAGAUUAGACCAGGGGUCGGCAACCUAUGGCAGGCGGGACGAUUUUCAGUGCCACUCU